CUUUCUUCCAUUUGUAAUUAAAAGUAUGAUGUUUUCAUGAAGGAAUUUCAUUCCAAUCUUUUAUAAAGCCUUAGUACUCAUACUAUAAAUAAUCCCCAUAACAAAGGAGAAGAAGAAGAAGCAGUUGUCCUGAAAAUAGGGAAAAAAAAAAAAACUGGGCGAAAAGGUCAAUUGGAAUUCGAUGGAUUCGGUGCUAUGGGCAGUUACUGCUUCCUCUCCCUUCUUCCUAUAACUAAUUCAAGCAAUUAAAUAAAUUGCUAAAUUUUAUCCACAUCAUAUUGUCUGUUUUUGUCAAAUCCGCCCUGUUCAAUCUCUACCUCAUAAUAUCAUCUCUGUGGAAAUGGGUCUGUUUCUUUUUUGUGACUGAGAAGGAAAAGAAGAGAGUGGGUUUAACAGAAGAAUGGAAGGAAAAAUAGGGGAGGUAAGAAGAGUUCAUAUUGUGUAUUUUCUGAGUAGGAAGGGAAGGAUAGAUCACCCCCAUCUCAUCCGAGUGCUUCCGCUUCAUCGAAACGGAGUUCGUCUCAAAGAUGUUAAGCGAUGGCUUUCGGAUAUUCGAGGGAAGGACAUGCCCAAUUCCUUUGCUUGGUCAUACAAAAGAAGAUACAAGGCGGGCUACGUGUGGCAAGACUUGCUCGACGAUGAUCUCAUCACUCCCAUCUCCGAUAAUGAAUAUGUCCUCAAAGGCUCCGAGAUCUCUCAUUCUGAGGGGUGUUCUUGUGGUUGUGCAAAGACAAAUGUUGUUUCUAGUGAGAAUCAAAAGAUAACCGAAGAUUCGGAGAUCGAGGUCGCAACUCAAGAACAACCACAGUGUGAAUCGAACUGCAAGCCCGAUGACGACAUCUCCAAAUCCUCAAUUCAUGAACAAGAAGAGGAGGAAGAAGUGAGAAGAACGUCCUCUUCUUCUUCAUCGUCUUCUUCCUCUUCUUUGAUUCUAGCGCAAGGUCCUCAAUCAUCAGACUCAUCUCCGGGUGUAAUCCACGAAAAUCCCUCAGCUUCUAUCAGGCAAAACCUUUCUCUUAAGAUCAUCCAAAAGGAAGCGGAACUGCCCGAAAAUUCAAACCCACCCGAGUUUUCCAGCAAGCCUUCUUCUCUAAAGGCCGAGGAUCAGAAUGGGAUCAGUAAUGGCCCGAAAAAGAGUGGGGCUUCGUCGAGCUCUCUUCACAUGUUUCGAAAUCUAUUGAGUUGCGGAGGAGUCGAAACCAAUGAAUCUAAAAUCAAAAUGAUGAGCAAAAACAACCCCAACAGGCCAGUGGAUCAGAAUUAUCAGCAUCAACAACAAGAGCAAGAGAAGAAGAAGAAGAAGAAGAAGAAGGUGGUGGCGUUUAGCAAUGGAGAGAGCAAGAGUGGAGGAAUGGAGAUAGCUGUGAGAUCAGAGGGAAUCGCCAAUUGGAAUGGGUCGUCCUGCAAAAACAGGAAAACCUACGAUAGUGGACGAAAGGCUUCAGAUAUGGUGAACCAAAAGAUUGUUUCAGCGGUUUUCAAACCCGUUGCAGAGCCCAAUUGCUCGCUGUGUGGAAAGAGGUUCAAGCCAGAGAAGCUUCAUGCACAUAUGCAGUCUUGUAGAGUUGUACGGGGGAUGAAGAGUGAUGCUGCAUUCAAGACGGUCCAAGGAGCUAAACCACAAUGCCCUCUCACACAUUCUUAGAAACCCAACUGUAACAUUUUUUUAGCUUCUUAUGUUAUGUUUGUAGAGAGAGAGAUGUAAAUUUUAUUUUAGCAUGUUAUGUAAAGAGAGAGAGAGAGAACUUAGAAUUAUGAUGAGAUUAACGUUGUGAGAGGGAGAGAUAGUUCAGGAGAGUUCAGCAUUACAUAAUUACUUUUAUUCCAAAAAUGGAAAAAUCCAUCUUUCUACUUUGGAUAAAGACGCUUUAGU